AUGGAGUCAAAAGCGAGACUAGGCCACAUCGACGCGAUAACAAGAGAACGGAUGCUGCUUUGUCUCAAUCGCUGCCCCCCACCCUAUCUCUCCCCGACUGCUCAGGCCCCUAAAGCACUGAAACGAGAACAAGAAGAAAAACGAACGAACACGUCUGAUCAGUUCUCACAAAGGAAUCUUUACAACUUCCAAGGGUUUUUUCCACCACCUCCUCCACCACCACCACCGCUGCAGUCAAGAUUGUCCAAGGAAUCAGAUGAGAGACAACAUGACGCUUCAAUCGCUGAGUCUUCCAAUGCUGUCGGUCGACAACAGACUUCGUCAUCAAUUCGCGGGAGUGACGCUUCUUCAUCAGCACAGACUGGCCCAGUUACAUCCGACCUGAGUCGAGGUUCGAUAUUGAUUCGAAAGAAAUAG